AUGCGCAUGACCGCCGUCCUCACUGCCCGGGCUGAUGGUACCAAGCUCUCUAUCAUGUUCAUCGUGAAGGGUCAAUCAGGCGGUUGUAUUGAGUCGUCGGUAAUACCUACAUUUCCUGCCGGGCACUUCUACGCGGUCCAAGACAAAGCAUGGAUGGAUGCCCGCAUGUGGAAACAGUUUCUCCGCUCGGUCCUACACCACGACAUUGAGGAGUGCUCCGUUGUGCUAGUUGACAAGUUUGAAUCACACGUUUCAAUCAAGAUCGUCAAUGAAGAACUGGGAUCGCACCUCUGUGCGCUACCACCAAACACGACGUCGGUCUGUCAGCCGUUGGACGUUGGCGUCAUGGCUCCUUUCAAGCGGCACCUACUGCCCGAUGACGUCAAAGACCAGGAAUAUGCAAAGCAAGUCCUGUAUGUCCAUGUAACGGCGCGCUCCGUCCAGUUGCUUGCCGGUCUGGCGACUGUCGGCACCCUUGCUUCUGCUCCUUUUGCGAAACAACAGGCCGUGUCAUUAGCCACGCGCGUACUGACCAACAACAGCCGAUCUGUGCUGCUGGGACUGGUCGUGGGUCCUGCCACGACUUUUAGGCGUAUGCAGGACCAAACACUUGAGAACUAG